AGCUUAGCCAGAUGGACUGGUUGCUCAGUUCUCUGGGUGUGGUUGCCUUUGGGAGGAAACCGGAUCACGCAGAGAAAUGUGAAACGUUUAAUGUUAAACACUGGCUAUGUGAGGUCCACUUGCAGUGUGUGCAUUUUGAAGUUAAGCGGGGCAUAAUGGUCAUCAGAUUUCACUGCCAAAGGAGAACAUUUACUUGGAACAAGAGUUGAAGAAAAUAAAUAAAGUGAAGGCUAAGUAUUUUGGAGGUUUUUGGAGCUUCCUCCACUGGCUGGUGUUAGUGCUGCUGCUGUCCCUGGUGGGACUCCACGUGGCCCUCAUACUGAAACCGAGCUGGAACGUCGCCCAGAGAUAUGACCACUUGGUUGCCAUCACCAUAAUUCCACUGUGGCUCCACAACAUGAAGCACCUACGCCCUUUCAAGAUCGUGGGCCCGUUGAUUAUCAUCCUGGGAAAAAUGGCUGUUUACAUCCUCAAGGCAUUCUUCCUGUUUGGACAGUUUUUCCUCGCGUUUUUCUUCUCGUUUUGGCUGAUAUUUGGCAAUAAAGACGUGGCGUCGUUCAAGACUGUUCCGGCGACCCUCUUCACCAUGUUCCGCAUCAGCGUCGUGGACAUGGACGAGUACGAGGCCAUGCACAAGCGCGACUUCACGAUGCUCUACAUCCUGGUCGCCUCCUUCCUGAGCAUCACCAACAUCUUCGUCCACAACGCCAUUCUAAUCGCCAUGCUCAAUCAGGCCUACAAGCGCGUGUCACUGAACCCCGUGGGCAAUGAGUACAUGCAGCGAGUCAUCCUGCUGCUCUCCCUGGAGAAGAACCCACUCUUCAGAAGCAGGCGCGAAGGGACACGCGACUACAUCCAGCGCUGCGCACGUUUUGAGUGCUCCUACGGGGCGGGCGACGAGGGGCCCGGCAGUGACGGCUGUGGUGGUGGCAGAGACGCGGCGCAGUUGGAGUAUGGCAGAGUCUCGCUCAAAAUCGAGGCUACGCUGGAGGGGAUGGUAUCGUCCCUGAUGAAUAGAAGUCUGACUAAGAGUGAGAAUGAAGGGAUCAGCACACCUCUUUCCUCUGCCGACGUCACCCAUGACACACAAGGGGCGCCCCCCGUGUGGCGGGACGCGCUGCCGGGAAUCGAGUCGGUGCCGUCGACGCUGUGCCGCCUGCGGGAGGAGGCUCGGGCACUGUGCUUGGAGCGGCGUGCGGCGGCUCGGGGCACCCUGGAGGAGGCGCGGGAGCUGCGGGGCCGCCUGCAGGCGCUCGUGGACAAGAGGCCGAGCCGAGGACGGCGCCGUCGCCAGCUGGGAAGGGAAACGGCAGCGCAAUUGUGAAUGUAACGUGAGUGGAGGGGGAAGGUCUUCAGGAGCGGAGUACGCUAAUCGGACAAGAGCUCAAGCAAUUAUUCUAACCAUGGUAGCCAACCGCAGGUUAUCCAUGCACAUAACCCUGACCACACUAGCCUACGGGACCCAAGCCUUACCCCUAACCUUACCCACUUGAGCCAGGAAUUAACCUUACCCAUAAGACUAUCCCGACAACUAAUUACCAACUCGUCAUACAUAUAACCCUAACCACAUAAGCCAAAAAGAGCCUAUCCCUAAACAUACUGUUCAAUCAAACCCUAUCCCUACCUCAAACCUUAACGAUUAGCCAACCAGACUAUAGCCCAACCACUUACCCUAACCAGUCACCAAUCCUAUCCCAAACUCUGGUACCUUCCACGUAGCCAUAAUCAUUUCUGUCAUCCUAAGCGAUUUAACAAUUUAGAAAUUAGAAUCGGCUACACUUCGUAACGUUGGAUAGACACAUAAUUGUGAGAAAUUAACAGCAGCACGCCAGUGGAGAAACUCACCUACGCCAAAGGAACUUGACACAUUUCUAUAAUUGGUUAAGGGCUGCGAAUGGUGGGACGCGUCACCCCAGUGCUCACAAGUUAAGAUUCUUUGACAAUGAUGCAAGUAUUGCCUUGUGGGCAGCUUGGCUUAGCGUGGUUAUAUUCCUCAGCUUCGUAAUUAA